AUGAGCAAUUCACACUACACGGAUCAUGAGAAUGCCCAAGACAUCGAUGUUCUCCCUGACGGUGUAGACUUGGAAGAUAUACGACAGAGCUUGAAGAACCUGGAACACGCAGUCAUCACAAAUCGGCUACCUAUCAUUAGGUUGUGCACUAGACGCGUCAGUUAUUGCGUUAGAACCCUUCUGCGCACGACAGAUGUCUUGCAACACAACACUAACACUGUCAGGGUUCGCCAGCGUCUCCUUAAAUUGGCGAAGCAGCGAGAAAGCGUGCUGGAUACACUCAACACACUGAUUACUCAAUCUCAGGAUGUCCUGAUGGAAGAUAUCGUGGAAGAUGAACGGGAGAAUGGAACUGUACAACUGCUCGGCACUAGCGAACAACUCGCAUCUCUGGUUCAGGAAUUGGUAUUCACAGCCGACGAAUGUGGCUAUAACUUCGAAAAUUCUAACGGACAGAAAAUCAUCACCGUCGAAUAUGACAUCAUGACGCAGGAUAUCUUGAAAAGUGGACAUGCAUUGGCGUAUCUGAAGCCCUCGUCCGAAUAUUUCUUACAACGGAAAGACAUCGAAUAUAGCGACGAUGGCACUCUGCUUUAUGCCACUAUGGAUGCCCUAGUAGAGGAAAUGACACCCCACGAUUCUCUUGUCGAUCAGGCCUUUUCAGCCACCUUUUUCAUGACUUUCAGGUUAUUCUCCUCCGCUGCGGAACUGCUGGAGAUCGCCAUCACAAGGUGGAACCUGGUACCACCGUCCAAUUUUUCGCAGGAGCGGUUACACAUGUGGCAGCAUCGGAAGUGGAUUCCGGUACGGCUAAGAGUUUUGAAUUUGAUCAAAACCUGGAUUCAGUACCAUUGGGAAUCCUCUGAUGAUUCAGUUCUACAUCUCUUGGAAGGAUUUCUCAAGGAGACGGCCGACUUUCUCGACAAGUCAAAAGCCAUAUCACUUGAUCUUCUACAAGUUGUUUCACAGCGUUUGCUAUCUCCAGGAACUGUCACUGUCAAACGCGCACGGGGUCUUUCUGAAUCAAAAAUAGAUCCAAACGUGAACUUUACACCACCAACACCAAGACGAUACUCAGUCAACCAAGCUCCUUCAUUUCCAGCCUCUAUCAUAUCUAAGCCUUUACUAGCAUCUUUACAGAAGAAAGAGUUUGAUGAUAUUUCAAUCACUAUGUUUGAACCUCUAGAGCUUGCUCGUCAGCUUACUAUCAUGGAAUCGAACCUCUUUUGCGCUCUUCGACCAUCGGAAAUUCUAGGAGCAGACCAAGCGGGUAAAAACUCAGCAAGAGGUGUGGAAACUAUUAUGACCAUCAGUACAGCUAUCAGCAAGUGGGUCACUGAGAACGUUGCUAAAGAGGCGGAACACAAGAAGACUAGACGGGUGUUCAAAUUCUUUAUACAGCUAGCCAAUUGCUGUCUUGAGUUGAAUAACUUUUCAACAUGCCGGUCAAUCAUGGCGGCCUUGAAACCGAACGAUAGCAUAUGGUCGGCCUUGACACAGAAACAGAGGGAACAGGCCGAGAACCUAAAUUUCCUUGCAGACCCCGAAAGAUACCAAAAUCGGUUAAACGAGACAACGCCCCCUGCCAUUCCGAUUCUGAGUCGGCAUAUGUAUGAUAUCAUUUUUUGCCAAAGAGACGCACCUUCGUAUAUCAGUUCUAUUCAUCCUUCACCCUCACGGCUCAUCAAUUUCGGAAAAUAUCGAGAAAUCGCCAAACUUGUGCAAAAUCUGUUAGCGUUCCAAGUACCGUAUAGCCUUAAACCUAUACCUGAAGUUCAAGAGUACCUAACGUUCUGCUUUGCCACCAUCACACUGAACGCUACACCAGAUCAAUUUCUACAGUAUCCUAUUCACAGCCAUGAACAUGCGCUUGUGAGUGCUACGAUUGCCCACGACUCUAUCAUCGUUGAGACAUCAGACUCUAAGUCUGAUCGUGUUGAAGAGUCGUCGAUAAGCAUCAAUACUGCCACCAGGGAUAUCUCGCUUUACUCGUUACCUUCGUCUAGGACGGGGUCGACGGAUUACGGCCUCUUCUACACCCGACAUGCGUGCUCGCAAGAUUCUUUUGGAUCCCAAUGGUGGGCCGAGGCAGCAGAAAAUAAUUCACCGCCCAUCAAUGUUUAA